UAAGUUAGCUUCCCAGGCCCGGAGUGCUCGCUGCCUGGCUACCUGAGUGAGGGUCAUGGCAUUCCCAAAGCCUGGGUUAUUCUGCUUCGCGACUAACACGAGGUCAUAUCAGGAGUCUUCAGGAGUGACCAUAGAUGAUACCUCCCUCCCAGAAAAGAACACAUCAAGUCGCAAGUUCUCUCAGAAGCCAAAGACACUGUCUUGUCAAUUCUCCAUUGGCAGCCAAAUCUCCCCAUGGCCCACAUAUACCAGUGGUCAGACUAUUCUGCAUAAUCGAAAGCCCUGUACGGUGGACUAUCGGAAGCGAGCUGGAAGCUUGCAACAUCCUGUGAGCACCACCAAGCCAAGGUACCUGGAGCGGCUGGAGAAUUACUUACGCAAGGAGCUCCUCCUGCUGGACCUGAGCACAGAUUCUGCCCAGGAACUAAGGUUGCAGCCUUACAGAGAGAUCUUUGAGUUCUUCAUAGAGGACUUCAAAACAUACAAACCACUGCUAUCCUCCAUCAAGAAUGCCUAUGAGGUGAUGUUGGCCUACCAGAGGGAGAAAAUUCGGACUCUGGAGCCCUUGAAGACCAAGCUUGUCACUGUGAAUGAAGAGUGCAAUGAAAAGAUCUUGGCUAUGAGGGCUGAGGAGAGGUACGAAAUCACCAUGCUAAAGAAAGAGAAGAUGGAUUUGCUAAAACUUAUUGACAAAAAGAAUGAGGAGAAGAUCUCACUGCAAAGCGAGGUGACCAAAUUGAGGAAGAAAUUGGCUGAGGAGUACCUGCACUACCUCAGUGAGCGAGAUGCCCGUAAGAUCCUUAUUGCAGACCUGAAUGAGCUACGGUAUCAGCGAGAGGACAUGUCACUAGCACAGUCCCCAGGAGUCUGGGGGGAGGAUCCUGUGAAGUUAACACUGGCUCUGAAGAUGGUCCGGCAAGACCUGACCCGCACACAGAUGGAACUCAACACCAUGAAGGCCAACUUUGGAGACGUGGUACCCAGGAGGGACUUCGAAAUGCAAGAAAAAACAAACAAGGAUCUGCAAGAGCAGGUGCUGGUGGGCAGGCAGGGUAGGAUGGGGUCAUAUGGGUGGGCAGGUACUGGGGACCAAUCACCUUACCCACAGCUGGAGUGCCUGAAAGCAGACUAUGAAGAGGUGUGCAAGGAGCACGAGAUCCUGCUGCAGUUGCAUAUGAGCACACUGAAGGAGCGGGACCAGUUUCAUUCUGAGCUGCAGGAGAUCCAGAGCACCUCCACCCCAAGGCCUGUCUGGAUCAAGUGUGAACAUGUGGUGGCUGGGGGCCCAGAACGCUGGCACAUGCUGGCUGAGGGCAAGAACAGUGACCAGCUGGUGGAUGUGCUCCUUGAGGAGAUUGGCGAGGGCCUGCUCCGGGAGAAAAACUUCUUCCCUGGUCUGGGCUUUGGGGAACACAUCCCCCCAUUUCUUCGUUUUGAUGGUGUUGUGGAAAACAAGAAGCCAACCAAGAAAGAAGUGGUAAAGCUCAUCAGGGAUUUCUGGAAGGAACGUCUUGCUGAGGACCAGAAAGAGAAGUUCUCAGAUUUCUUCUUUAAUUUCCUGGAGCAUCACUUUGGGCCUGAUGAUGCCAUGGCCUGGGCUUAUACUAUUUUUGAAAAUAUCAAGCUCUUCCACUCAAAUGAGGUCAUGAGUCAGUUCUACGCAGUUUUGAUGGGAAAGAUCAAAGAGAGCGUUUACAUCAAGGAGAAGGAGACAGUAGCACAGCUGCUAAAGGAGAUGACAAAUACUGACAGUCAGAAUGAGGGCUACAUCACCAUAGAGCAGUUAAGCACUGUCCUCAAGAGUAUCUUCCCUGUCAAGAAGGAUGAAAGAAUGCAGGAGUUGAUGGAGGCAGCAGGCUGGCACCCAGACAUCAGCAAUUCAGACUUUAUCAAAUACAGCUCAUUGUUCUUGGAGGAUGAGGAAGGCCAGGGUACGCCUUUUAUACAAAAGCUGUGGGAACAGUACACUGCUGAGAAGGAUGAGUAUUUACAGGACCUUAAGCAGGAGCUGGGCCUGGAACUCAAUGAUAAGGUGAAUCUAGUCAAGGUCCGUGAGGCCUUAAUGAACAUUGAUCCCAGUCUGGACAAGCUGACACUGAAGAAGUAUUUGAGCUAUGCCUUCCAGUUGACAGAACUGCCAGAAGAGGGUGAUGAGAUGGAACAGGAAAUUGUGGCAUCUGUCCAAUCUGCACUGGAGCAGCUUCAUAUGUCUGACACUAGGCGUAUUGGGCCUCGAGAAGCAGAGCCUACAAGCUAGGCUCACUGUAGACAGCACCAGUGCUGCAAACCCUGACUCUUAGUAUAAAACUGUUUGUGUGAACUCA